AUGAAGGCCACAUACACUUCCUUCUCCUUCGAGUGGAACUGUACUCCCUUCAAGGUAGCGAUGACGAACACCAUCUUCUUUUUAGAUCUAUCGCAACCUCCUUCUCUCGUUCUCCCCUCCUAUGAACCCAAACCUGCCUGCAAAGUCUCUUUUCCGACACCCAUUCUUCCACUAAUCAACAAUUACACAGCAACAAAUCAGGAAACAGUAUUAUCUCCAAAUCAACAAUUAAAUCGCAAUAAACAUCACAGGUGA